GGUAACACACACUUAUAUUAUCAAUAUCAUUAUCAAUGUUCUUUGUGCGAUAGACUACAGGCUCUGUACUAAAGCUGAAGAUCUUUGCCCGAAUCCGACGGGACCCGACGUGUUAUACGACUUACAGUUCUCACGGACACAGACGCGCGAUAUCCUCCAGACAGGACGGGGGUUUUCAAGAUGGCGGAGUGAGUGGCAGCACUUUCUGCAGGCUCCGGCAUGUGAUGAUUUUGACAUUGAGGAAGAAAUGGAAGCGGAGCAACACUCCUCCAAAGAAGGCAAAAUUAACAAGGACCACACGCCAGUUAAACAGCCGAAUCCAAAGAAACCGAAACACCAAAGGGAAAGCGAGGACGCGAACACUGGCGCCGCAAUUCUACAAGCUGUACAAGUUCUGACCAGAAAAAUGGACGAGCAGAUGGAACUUUUGAAGAGUUUUGACAGACGUAUUGAAGCUAACACAACCACAGCAAAAGAAAAACGAGAGGAAAUCUGCGUGCUUAAGGGAAAAAUAGGAGGCCUUCAGAAAGAAAACAGCCUUUUGAAAGAAGCAUGUGCAGAGCAAACCCGGUACAAAAGAAGGUGGAAUCUGAGGAUGAUUGGCCUCACUGAAAAGGAUGGAGAGGACACGAGAGAAGUUGUUAUCGGGAUAUUGACGAAAGUUGUUCCAUUGUCAGUGGAACGGCUGCGUGGCACCGUUGACACCGUUCACCGGCUGGGAAGGAAAGGUGACCCCGCUACCUCACAGAACACACCGAGAGCAAUCAUCAUUCAAUUCGGGAUGAGAAUGGUGCGGGACGAUGUUUGGAAGAAGUCGAAGGAUGCGAGAGUGUGUAAAGACAUGCACAUACGUUUCAAAGAAGACUUCUCCAAAGAAGACCGGGAGGCGCGUGCGAAGCUAUGGCCACUGGUCCAAGAAGCCAGAAAGAAAGGUAAACGGGCAUUUUUGAAAGAAGGAUACGCUCUGAUCGAUAACCGGAGAGUAGACCCGAACUGAAUUGUUAUCAUUUAAAGGGCUGUCAGUGAUUCCGCCUACAAUAACAUUUUUCAGUGAAACGUUAGUCUUUUUGUUUGUUUGACAUAAACGCUCCGAUAUAUAAGUAUAAUGACACUAACCGCACUUUGUUUGCCAAUGCAUCACUGAACUUUUGUGGUUAAAUAACCUGAUGAUAUGAUUGGAGCAUGAUUAAUGUUACGUUAAUGAUUCCCAUUUUGUUUUUUUGCACGCCAGUAGACUAUAUGACAGAUACUGUCUACCCUGUUUACCUAUGUUCAUAUAUGGUACUAAAACUGCUCAACCCUUGCUAUCUCUUGUUAUGCCAAAAUUAAGAAUAUUGUAAUGAAGUAGGCGAAAUUGUUUUUACAUUUAAAUAGGAUUUUGCUACAAUAGCUGUUAAGUUUGUAGGUUUCUCUUUCUGUCUCUAUGGGUUCUAGAGGGCUAGUUACACAAAACAUGUAGAUUCAGGACUU